AAAUUAAUUUCAAACAAUUAAUAAAAAAUUGUUUUGAAUUUUUUGAAACAAAAGUAUUUUAGAGUUAUAAUAACUUAAUUAAGUUUGUAAAAAAAAAAAAAAAAAAUGGAGAAAAAAAGAGUGACAUCUAAAGGAGGCACAAAGGUUGUUUUUUUCCCAGAAGCAAAAAGCAAUGAGCAAAUACAAAAGCCAAUUAAUAUCUACAAAGUUAUACAAAAAAAUGUCUUAUCAGCAAAGGAAGAGCAAACUUAUAAAACUUUAGAAUGGUUAGACGAAAAUUUUACUCACUAUCCGGGUGUAUGUUUGCCUCGAUGUAUAAUGUAUGCACAUUAUUUGACAUUUUGUCAAGAAAAUCAACUCCAUCAAAUGUGUGCUGCUACUUUUGGAAAGAUAAUUAGACAGAAGUUUCCAGAGUUAACAACAAGGAGAUUAGGAACAAGGGGAAACUCCAAGUAUCAUUACUAUGGAGUUGCCAUCAAAGAAUCUUCAAAAUACUAUCACACAGUUUAUUCUGGCAUAGGUUUGACAAGGUUUUCAGGAUCAAAGCUGUUAAGUUCUGAUAAUGCUUCACGGAAAAUUUUGUCUGCUGCAAAGUCUGGCAGUUUAUUGCCAGAUUUUCCUUCUCCUCAUCAGCUACAUUUACCAUAUCAUGUAGAAACAUGCAAGUUAGAUACCUUUAUGGUUAUGUACAGAACACAUUGUCAAUGUCUACUGGAUACUGCAGUAGCUAAGAAUUAUGAAGCGAUUCAUCAAUAUUUGGUGCAUUUUUGGCAAGGUAUACCAAACCAUUUAAAAUCAUUGUUUGAGGUUCCUGAGAUCAUCAGUUUAAUUUGUGUUUGUGAUGCUAUAACAUUUAUGGUUUUAAAUGACAGCCUGGUUCCAGCAACUUUAGAGGAAAUAACUGAUCAAACACUUACUGAAGUCCGUUUAUUUGUUAAUAGUUUAGAAAAUUGGCUUCAUAUUGCACUUAAAAAUUCAAAUACACAUUUACUUGAAAGAAAAAUGCAAGUUGCUCGAAGAUUUGUGCAAGCCGUAAAACGACAAAUAUCUUUUCUUCAUUUGGCUCAAUCAUUUCGAGAAGUACUUUCAGACAAAGUUAUUGCUCAAAACCUCAUUAAUGAACUAAAUGCAAUUGAUAUAACAUCAAUUGGAGCACAGGCUCUUUUUACUACUGCUGAUUGUAAACAAGAUCAAUCUAAUCUUCACGAAGAGUAUUUAAUUGAAUUAAGAGAAUUAUUGAAGCAAAAUGCAACCGUUGAAGAGUAUGUUGAUUGGUUAGAAAGAAUUAUUAAAGCGCAAGUACUUCAGUACUGUGAAUCUGACCACUCCUUUAAAUUACGUGCCCAAGAGUUUCUUUUGUCUUGGUCUUUCUUUGGAACAAGAGUUAUGCAUAUGUUGACAUUAAAUAACUCAAGAACAUAUGGUCCUUUCCAUUUAAUAAGAAUGAUGUUGGAUGAGUACUUGCUUCUUAUUAUUGAAACUCGACUUUCCAAUCAAGAACAAUUUUCUUUACAACAAGAAUCUGAAAAACUUAUUAAAGUUUCUGGUGAUAAAUGUAUUAAAAUGUCUGAAUUUGCAACUAUGUCAAAAUUUGGUGCACCUCGAGAAAAACCAUCAACCGGCUCCUCAUUAAAUUCUUCAAUCAAAAUUACACCCAAUCUUUCUUCUCUUCCACCGAUUGCUUCAUUACAGAAUUUGAAAGGAAAUUCUUUAUAUGUUGGUUGUGUUCCAGAUACUGGAAGAGAAGUUGAAACCCAACAAAUUGGUGGUUUAAUUACAUUAACACCUCCUUCUUCUCCCAUAGAGAAUCUUUCAACUAAUGUUUCUGUAAUACUUACAGAUCAACCUAAAAAAAAAAGUAAAGGAGUAAAGCGUAAGAAAAUUUGUAAUGAAACAACAAGCAAUGUUUCUAGUUUAGUUGAUGAACAUUUUAGAAAUUGUGGUGUAGAACAGUUUUCAAUGAGCAUAGUAGAUAAUAAAAGUGAACUUCUUCAAAAAAUAUUUUUAUCACAGACAUUGAGUCAAGAAAAGACUUCAGUCGAAGACUUUUAUUUAUGCAACAACGAUGAAGAAAACAAUCCUUUGCAAUAUUCAUUCAGUCAAAUUCUAAACAGUGAUGUUUUGUUUUCGUUUGAUGACGAAUCUCCUAGUAAUGACAAUUUUAUAACGGUUUCUGAAGAUUUAAACCGAAGCACACCGCUACAGUUUAACUUUACUGAUAACUUUACGGGUCAGAGUAUUGAAGAGGUAUUUUUACGGCGAAAUAUUGAUGACGAUGAUUUCAGCUAUACGACUAGCUUUUUAGAAAUGUCUUUUUAAUGUUGUCUUAUUUGACACUUAAUUUGACAAUUUAUUUUCCCAACAAGAAGAAACCGCAUUAUAUUGGGUUUUCCGAAGAGAAAAAUUGCAUAUCGGAAAAA